UAAUGAUUAAACUUUUAAGCAGAUUUGCAUUCAAUACAAUAAAAGUAUAUCUUUCAAAUAUCCCCAAGCAACCUUCCGUAGCAGUGUUCAAUACCAAAAAAUAUGACGUAGACUACUUAACAAAAGUCAACACAAGUCUCCCAGAAGAAAAACAAGUCAAAUUAUCAUUUUUUGCAGAACAAUUAAAUGAAAAUAGUGCUAGACUUGCACAUGAAUGCGACACUGUUUGGUUAGUACUUCUCCUUAAUAUCCCUAACUAGUUGUUUUGUAAAUGACAAGGUCUCUGCCCAAGUCUUAAGAAAGCUAUCCUCACAAGGAGUGAAUCUGGUGGCUCUAAGAUGCGCCGGAUUCAAUAAUGUAGACCUAAAAGAAGCAGACAAACUCGGAAUCAAUGUUGUGAGAGUCCCAGCCUAUUCUCCAGAGGCAGUUGCAGAAUUUUCCAUGGCUCUCCUUUUGUCUCUCAAUAGGAAGAUUCAUAAAGCAUACAACAGAACAAGGGAUCACAAUUUUGCUUUGGACGGACUCGUUGGAUCGAACUUACAUGGGAAAACCAUCGGGCUGAUUGGUCUGGGAAAAAUAGGAAUUUGCUUUGCCAAAAUUUGUAGAGGGUUCGGGAUGAAUGUUGUUGCUUACGAUCCCCAUAGAGAUCCAAAACUGGCUGAAUCCUUGGGAUUUACAUAUGUUGAUGAAAGCGAUAUCUUUUACUAAAGUGAUUACAUCUCCUUACAUUGUCCAUUGACACCUUAAACCAGACACAUUAUCAAUGAUCAUUCAAUAACGAAGAUGAAGGAAAAUGUAAUGAUUAUAAACACUGGAAGAGGAGCUCUGAUUGAAACCAAAGCAGUUGUUAACGCAUUGAAAAAGAAAAAAAUCGGAGGCUUAGCAAUAGGUAUAAAUUUAAAUUAUUAUUUAGAUGUUUACGAAUAAGAAGAAAAAUUAUUCUUUAAAGAUGUAAGUCAGGAAGUAUUGACCGAUGAUGUCUUAGCCAGAUUGCUCUCAUUCCCCAAUGUCAUUAUCACUGGACAUCAAGCCUUUUUCACUCACGAGGCUCUGAUGAACAUCAGCCAAACAACCCUAAAUAACAUAUACGAAUUCAAAAUCAAAGGAUCCUGUGUAAAUUAAGUCCACCCAUAAUGAGAUAUUACAUAAAUAUUAUAUUAAACGAUAUUC